AUGGAAAAACUUGAAAUUGGUGAAGUAAAUGAGAUUUUCAAGGACCUUGCUGUACUUGUUCACGAGCAAGGGACAAUGAUUGAUGAUAUUGGCUCCAACAUUGAGGGUUCACAUGCUGCAACUGCUCAUGCAAAAUCACAGCUUAUCAAAGCAGCUAAGACCCAACGGUCGAAUUCAUCACUGACUUGCUUGUUGCUCGUGAUUUUUGGAAUCGUGCUUCUCAUAGUAAUUAUAGUGCUUGCUGUCUGAUCAGGAGCUGAAAGACCAGAAAGCAUGGUACGAGAAUAUAGAAGUAUUAAUUUCGUUUAAUUGUCAUUUCAGUUCAAUUCACAUAAAUUACAGCUUUCAGAGUUUGUUAUAUUGCUUCUUGCAAUAAAAAUUACUCCGUUUUCAA